UCUCUCUUUAUCUCGAGCUUCUUGUUUAGAUAAGGGGUUAGCUGGACACGUCCGGUAUGCAAUGGCAAUCGGUGAAAUAAUGGAUAUAUGUCUGGGGGCUCCAAGACGGGGGAGUUGCUCGCAAGGAACAGCAGCAACAGGUCUGUAAGGAUGGAACGAUAAUGACGGUAACAUGCAGGCUCCUAAACGCCUGACCCUAACGGAGGAAAGAUGAGGCGUCUAGAUGUUGGUUUACCAUGUUUAGCGUCCACUACAACCACUCCCUUGCUGCCAUGAGCGGAAACGACAUGAUGGCGCACUCCCUGACUCUGGAGCAGAAGACAGCGUUUGCCUUCGUGGGGAUGCUCCUGGUGUUCCUGGGGCUGCUGAUAGUCAGAUGUUUCAGGAUCCUGCUGGACCCCUACAGCAGCAUGCCCUCCUCCAACUGGGCCGACGGCAUCGAGGGGCUGGAGAAAGGGACGUUUGAGUACGCCCUCACUUAACACAGGGACACACAUCCACAGAUGUCCAUCACGAACAGAAAUGCCUAUAGACACACAUAUGCAUACGCGUGGACACAAAUAGCGCUUGCUUGCACACAUGCAAACACACAUAAGCCGCAGCCCCACAAAACCUUCACUCCUGACACCGACGCACCAUUAAGACAUCUCUCUGUGACAGACUGAAGCUGUGUGUGUUGUUCAAUGUGUGUGCGUUUGUUAGUUCAGAGCCUGUGUGUGAGUCUCUCGACUGUGUGUGGCUACAUGUCUGUUGUGUGUGUGUCUGACCAAGUGUGCGACAGAUGCUGUGACAUAUUCUCUGCCUUUCUGCCAGGGUGGUGUGCAUUUCAGAUCAUGGAUUUACACAGAAAUGGCUGGAGGCCCCUUUAACCCAUGCCCACAAGAUGAAUGUCUGUAGAUCAGAGGUGGAUGUGGAGGUGGAUGUGGAGGUGGAUGCUUGUGGGUGGGGAUGGAGUGUCAUGGGUGCAGUGGGAUUAUUCAGACACAGUGUGAAGACUCAGGGACAUGUGAACUCAUCAUGGGAAGCAGAGCGGUUCCACCUCUGCACAGCAAAG